AUGGACGAGUACGAGGAGGCUGUUCUGUUCACGUUUUCGCUGCUCGAGUCACGGCUAGACCGGCUGGAAUAUGUGCUCGGCGGGGCGGCGGACGCAGGCAGGGACGGGCCCAAGACGAUAGUCGAAAGAAUACACAGGAUCGAGCAGUCACUGCAGCAGCUGGCGGGCAAGACGGCAUUGCUGGACGAAGCCAACAAUCUAUUAAGCAAGCACAAGGACGUGCUGAAGCCUGAGGGCCACGGCGACGACUUGGACUACGACGACGACGACGACUUGGACUUUGACGACGACUUUGACGGGCCUCGGCUGUCGACGGGGCACAAGACAGCACUGGUUGUUGAACGGGCGACCAGCUUUGCGACGACGGCGUCACAGCUCAAAGCGCUUGAAGAUCAGCACAUGGCUACGACGGAGGGAUUUGCGAAGCUUGCGGCGCUGCGACCGCGCAUUGCAGAGGCGGAAGGGCGGCAGUUGCAGCAAGCACUGAAGAUUUCGGAGCUGCGGCGCAGGAAUGGGCUGGUGAACCAGCGGUACAAACAGGUCAUGUUGCUUGGCGGAGGGCGGUGCUGGGUGGACGUCAACGAGCGGCUGACCAGGGCGCUGCGGGGACUUGUGCGCGAGGAACACCGACGGCAGGCUGCGGAUGGGAUGAUGGGGGAGCAUGAGGCGGGGGCAGGGGCGCAGGCACAGGCGGGCGCGGAGAGCGAGGAGGGCGAGGAUGAUGAGUUGUGA